UUCUUAUCGCUUUAUUACACAUCAGUAAAUCACACGACUAGUGAUAUAACGACUCGCGGAUACCUACAAGUCUAAUCUGAAAGAAUGAUGGAAAUUUCCGGCAGUUUUCAAUUGAUGUAUGCAACAGCUGCAGUUGUUACUAUUAUCACAGUUAAAGCUGAUCAAAAAGUAUGGCUAGACGGUCCUGCUGUUGGAAAUUGCGGAUAUACAGUACUUACCUGUCACUUUUGCGACAUUCCAUUAACUAACUGGACAUGGAGUAGAAAGUAUAGCGAUUCUUGGUAUACUUUUAUGGUAAAUGGAACGCAGAUAGGUCCAAAUCCUUCCAUCGUUCGAGAAGAAAUGAAUGGGUCCUUUUCGUUGAUAAUAGAAGGUGCUGAUAGCAAGGCAGUUGGAUGGUACAAAUGCGGAGUUGGACAGUAUGCAUCUGAUGAAAAAUUGUUGGAUAUGGAAUGCAAACCCGAGAGUGCUGCAGUCAAUCUGACACACGAAAAAUAGUUAGAAAUUGUACUUUACAACGUUCAUCCGGUCCCAAAAACUUUAUUUCAUUUUGAAGGU